UGUAAUAGGCGAGCUAAUGCUAAUUCAGUGUUGUGAACGGGACAGCAUGACCAUUGUUUCAUACCUUAUUAAAAAAUAAAUUAAUCACCUUUUUUAUGCUGUUAAGGGCCAUAGAACACUGACAUGAAGAAGGUGACCAGCUUCCACAGAUUCAUGAACAGACGGCCUUCCGCUAACUGUCGCUACCAGCCCACCUGCUAUGAGCAUGCCGCUAACUGCUACACACACGCAUUUCUGAUUGCGCCAGCGCUGGCGGGCACGGCGCUGCUGCAUCGGCUGUCGGCCGACGACUGGCACCGCCUGACAGCGUGGGUCUACGGCCUGGGCCUCAGCGCCCUAUUCCUCAUCUCCACCGUAUUCCACGUGGUCACCUGGAAGAGGAGUCACAUGAGGGAGGUGGAGCACUGCUUCCACAUGUGCGACCGGGUCGUCAUCUAUGUCUUUAUCGCUGCCUCCUACGCACCCUGGUUGAACCUACGCGAGUUGGGCCCGGUGGCGUGCCACAUGCGCUGGCUGGUUUGGCUAAUGGCGGCCGGCGGGAUCUUCUACGUCUUCAACUACCACGAAAAGUACAAGCUGCUGGAGCUGGCUUCAUACCUGACCAUGGGCUUCCUCCCUGCCGCCGUCAUCGCCUCCAUGAACUCGACGGAGGGGCUGGAGGAGCUGGCGUGCGGUGGCGUUCUCUACUGCGUGGGCGUGGUCUUCUUUAAGAGCGACGGCGUCAUUCCCUUUGCGCACGCCAUCUGGCACGUGCUGGUGGCACUGGCGGCGGGCGUUCACUAUUACGCCAUCUGGAGGUACCUCUACCGAUCGCCGCCCGACCGCAACGCGUGCGGCUCCUGAGGACCCUGCCGUGCUCCUGCCUCCCAACAAACAAAACAAUCGUUUACCACAUUCCGACAAACACCAAAUGGCACUUCGACGCCGAUUUUUACAAAUACUCACAGUCAUUCCAGAUGCCCGGUGACCAAUCGCAUGGCGAAGGAAAAAAAAACCACAUUGAUGGAUGACCAGUCCCAUUGUGCUGUGAGCAGGUUGCGCUAACUGAGCAAAGGAAAGAAAGAAAAGGUUUCCCAGCUCUUUGUUUGUCUGGAUAUUUCAAAAUGGCCACUCCACAGGCCUGGCGAGCAAUCGCAAGCUGAGAAAAAUGUGCAUUGAUGGACACUCUAACCGUGGGCGGUUAAAAAAAUAAUAUUCUGAGCCGUGUUGAUGUUUUCCAAAUGGCCAUUUCAGGGGCCAGCGACCAGUCA